GCGUCGUCCUCCUCACUCUCUUUUACUCAAGGUCCGAUCAUAAGUCACCAAGGGACGGACACGUAGCGACAAUUGAACGUUCAUUCCUAAGCACCACUACAGCCACUCAGCUGUCUCUAUCUCGCGGCUCUUACUGCCAUUGCGUUGUACUAAGUACUCCGUCCUCCAAGUCGUUUUACACGUGCAAAUACACGACCGAUAACUCGUCGGGAGCAAUCAGGUCAAAGCUACGUUACUUCACUGUGUUGAUGUGCAAGUGGAUACAGUACUCUUGUAGCCAUUUAUCAGGGGCAUAACGAGGCUGGCUUGGACGCAGUCUUCACAUUGCGCAUACUUGAGCCUGUCUACGAGGAUCCAACAUGGCUCCGCCCGAGCUACCCUUGGAGGCCCAAGAACAUGUCCUGGACCACCUUCAUGACGACCUGAAGACUUUGAAGUCUUGCAGUUUCGUCUGUCGCGCUUGGACUCGCACAACGAGAUUACAUCUUCUCGGGACCAUCGUGCUGAACACAAGAUGCAACGCCAUCCGUUUCCUCUCUCUUCUAGAGGAAUCUGACCGGAUCGGAACUGGUGUUGCUUCCUGUGUGCGGGAGCUUGAGUUGCCUAUACUGGGGUUUCCUCGCCGUGGGAAGCGUUCAGAGAUGCGCUGCGAAUUGUUGAGCAGCAUCUCGCGCCGCCUUCCUGUGGUCGAGGUUCUCUGUGUUAGGCGCUUCAAUAUCACCGCCCUCAUGGACUAUUUACAUUCCGAUGACGAGGCCUUCAAUAUGCAAGACGCUUUAUCCUCGAUAUUCGUCUUCCCCCAUCUCAAAGCAAUUCACUACCACGGGCUGGAGGUCAUGGGUAUCAACGAACUUUUGGAGUUCCUCGGGGCAUUCCCAACAGUUUCCUCCCUGCAUGCACAUAACAUUGACAGCCGUUGGGAUGAGCCGUGGCCUCUCGAGACCACCGCUAUCCAGAACUUCGUUGCAAAGCGUCAACAGGCACCUAUCUCUAUAGAAGACAUCAUGGGAGACCUCUUCUCACGGUCAGAUGAGCUGCGCAAGCUACUAGCUGCGUUAGCGGUGCCCCCGUUUGAGCUACGGCUCAAGAGAUUGGGAUGGACAAUAAACGGAACAUCUGGGUGGCUUCCCUUACUGCCUAUGCUGCUUCCGGUGUUCCGCAGGGCCAACGCAACAUUGGAGUACCUCGAGCUCGCCUUUAAUGCCAACGAUGUGUGGCUGGAACGCCUCGAUUUGUCCAAUCAUCGUCGUCUGAAGUCCGUAUCGCUCACCUUCCGUUUCACCCCCGAAAAGCAUCACCAAUGGCCUCGCGUCCCAGUGUUUCUGUCGAGGAUCACCUCUACCGACUUGCAAGUUGUGGAUCUCCACUUUCAUUCUUCCAAACAACCCUUCCUCUGGGAGUUCUUUGAUUGGUCGGCUCUGAGUGAUGCAUUCAUCGCUUUGCGUCGCAAAUGCCCGAGGAUGACGGUUACAUUCUACUUCUAUAUAGAUGCCGGACACGGCGUCGUCAUUCCCGGUGCAAUCGAUCCUCUGAGGGUACGAAUUGCUCCUGUUCUGGCCACAGGGAUGCGUGUAGUCGUCGAUCGGCGCAUUGUCACCAAGCAAGUCGGACUUUUCGCGGAUAGGUGGAUACCUAUACAGUCAGAGCGUGGUCUACUUGAAGCUUGACUGGCGACCAAGAGAUGGACCGUCCUGUAUCUAGACCCUAGCUUCAAACACAUCUUGUCAACAAUUUCUUGAACGAGGCAUUUCAGUCCUCUUGCAUAGUCUGUUAUCGUUGUUAUCGUCUCCGGCUCGACCACUUGUGUUACUGUGUACUUAGAAUUAUGUUGACGGAUGAUCCACGACAAGUAGUUUGGGACACUGUACUGUAUAUAUACGCCUCCCCUCAGUCCCUUGUAUGACCAAGCACUCGAGUGGUUUGUCCCGCUUACCCGUGCGCCUUCAU